CAAGUGGAAAAAGUGUGCAGUUUGGAUGGCAGAUGUGAAGGAGACCCUCAGGUUCCUGGAUCUCCUGUAAUGGGACUUGGCUCUCAGAUGUGGUCUGUGGUGUGGGCUCCAGAGGAUGAUUCUCGCCUUGUCACACUUGUAGAUAACCAUCUCUAUCUAUGGGACAUUAAAGCUGCUGGUAGAUCUGCUAAGGUUACGGGGGAAGUAACAGUUGAGGGUCGUGGUAGUGUCAGUCUAGGCAGUGGAAGAUGGUAUCCACAUCAACUAGGGUCUCAAGUUGCUGCCACACAUGGUUCAAGUGUGCGCGCUUGGGACCUUCGAACUAUGAAACCUUCGUGGUGUGUAGAAGCUGCACAUGUCCAGUUAGUCAGAGAUUUAGAUUUUAAUCCCAACAUGCAAUAUUAUAUGGCAACUUGUGGAGAUGACUGCAAGACAAAGUUUUGGGACAUAAGAAACACCCAACAGCCCCUCAAGGAGUUGACUGAUCAUUCUCACUGGGUUUGGAGUGUCAGAUACAAUGCAUCUUAUGAUCAGCUAGUUCUUACUUGCUCAAGUGAUCAGAGAGUUAUUUUGUCAAACUUACCUUCAAUUGCAUCUCAGCCCUUUGGCACUAUGGUGGAUCAAGAAGAAACGAACAAGGAACCUGAGGGCAGUGAGGAGGGAGUUAUCCAGAUUUAUGAUGACCAUGAAGAUUCUGUAUAUGCUGUAGAAUGGUCUGCCGCAGAUUUCUGGACUUUUGCUUCUCUUAGCUAUGAUGGGCGUUUAGUUAUAAAUAAAGUUCCAAGAAGUAUAAAGUAUAAGCAAUUUAUGUAGUGAAAUAAUCAAAGGAAAUUUUGUUUUAGGUUUGUAAACAUUUCCAUUCAUGACAAGGCUGGACAAUCGUUUGUUUUUGUUUAAUUUCUAAUAAAAAUUUGAAGCAAACUUGCUCAGAAUA